GUAUCCAGCCGGGCGGUUGGGCCAAAGGGCCGAGCAAGAUGGCGGCCCCCAUGAGUGAGGGGGCCGAGGGGACGCCCAGCGGCUCCGAGCCCGGGGCGGCCCCCUACGGGAACUUCCCCAAUUACUCCCGCUUCCACCCGCCCGAGGGCCGCGUCCGCCUCCUGCCGCCGGCGCUGCUGGGGCGGCUCUUCCCCGCGGGGCCCUCCCCGCUGCUGGGGCUGGACGUCGGCUGCAACUCGGGGGAGCUAAGUGUUGCUCUGUACAGACACCUCCUUGGUCUUCAGGAGAACGAGGCCAGCCCUGAUCAGCCUGUUGUUGGAAAGUCCCUGAACCUCCUGUGCUGUGAUAUCGAUGCAGCACUGAUCGAGAGAGCUGAGCGAUGCAGUCCCUUUCCUGGCUCCAUCUCCUACACCACCCUGGAUGUCAUGGAUGCUGGCGCCCGGGAGUUAUUCUUGAGCUCCUAUCUGAGCAGAUUCAGCCGUUCCACCUUUGACAUUGGCUUUUGUAUGUCAGUGACCAUGUGGAUCCACCUGAACCACGGGGAUGAUGGCCUGGUGGAGUUCUUAUCUUACCUUUCAUCUCUGUGCAAGUACCUGCUUAUUGAACCCCAGCCGUGGAAGUGUUAUAGAGCAGCCGCCCGGCGCCUCCGGAAGCUGGGUAGGAAUGAUUUUGACCACUUCCGCUCUCUUGCCAUCAACGGGGACAUGGCAGAGAGGAUAACCCAGAUUUUAACUGAGGACGGUGCCAUGGAACUGGUGUGCUGCUUUGGAAGCACAAGCUGGGACAGGAGUCUCUUGCUUUUUAAAUCAAAGAGAGGGACUCAAAAGCAACUCUGAGAAAGGGCAGCCCUGUGCCUGAUGAAAACAUCAUCCUGUACCCAUGCAGAGGGGGUGGGGGGAGAGAGAGGUAAUGGUCUGAGCAUAGAACUGGGAGCCAGGAGCUUCUGAAUCUGCAUCUCCGAUCUCGCGCUGAUUCCUCUCACCCCUCUCUGCCUCAGUUUCUCCAUCUGCAGAGUGAGGAUGAUAAUUGGGGUGUUCUGUUAAAGUGCUUUUGAAGAUAAAAAGUGCCAUAUAAGUUCUUUGUACGUACACAGGUUAUUUCAUGGAAGGACAGUUUUAGUUGGAUUAGUUGGGGAUCGGUCCUGCUUUGAGCAGGGGGUUGGACUAGAUGACCUCCUGAGGUCCCUUCCAACCCUGAUAUUCUGUGACAGUGCAUGUGCCUUUCCCCAGGGGGUUUUAAGAAAGGAGAACAAGAAUACACUUCCAUUUAUCACAUGAUAAUCCGUUUCUCGCCUCAUGUAAUAUUUUAUAUAGUUCUGUUUUAUGACUGCGCUUCUGAGCUGUUUGUAAGUGAUAACUGAUGGACAGUUCCAAAGGGGUGUGGAUUUGGCUAACGUUAAGAGCCGUUCAAACAGUAUCAAGACAUCUUUGCUGCCAUUUGCCUCAUAAGCAAACUUCAGCAGUCUGCCAAAGUAUGUGGACUUUGAUUGUCCCAUGGAAUGAAGUUUUUGUGGGACGUGUAUCCAUAUAAUUCUGUAACAAAAGUGAGAGCUCUUUGAUAAAUAACCUUCAGAUAAACUUUUUUUAUUUUUAAUC